AUUCAUUUUCUUUUCCCAAUGAAGAUUUUUUACAAAAAGACAUCCACAGACUUUUUAAUUACAACCGAUGGUUAUUUAAAAAAGAAUUAUAUGUCAAUCAUUGAACCUUAUUCUUUCAAGAAAAAAAUAAAAAGUGAUACAUUAUCGCAUGUAAUGCACUUGUUUGAAGAAAAGAACAAGUAUGCACCUUUACCUGUAGGCAGUCCACUUCCCAUCAAGGCAAACGGUGCGAUUGUAGUGCACCGACCAAGUGAUUUAUGCUCUUCCAAUCUAUCUUCAUUACCUCUCUAUCUUCAAGACAUUGAUGAUGAUAAGCAAUCCAUAAAGCAAGAUGAAGGAGUGGUUAUCGAACAAGCCAAAGAAGACACAGAAUCCGAACAUAUUGUGCCUCCAUUCGAAGAUAUUGAAAUUAUUGAUCUGGUUCAUGAAGAAAACAACCGACUGCGUCAACAAAUCUUUGUAGAAAGAGAACAAAAUGAGAAAUGGAGACUGGCUAAAGAACGCUCCGAUCAAGAACUAACAUGUUCAGAACAAAAAAUCAAGUCGUUGAAACGUACCUUGGAUCGGUUCGAGAGGUUGCUGUUGUCUUCUGAAAAUAAGGACUAUCAAAGAUCAAGACGUCAAUCCACAGGUACAGUUUCGUAUACCAAUCAUCACUCUGCUGCUUCGGAUUCGGGUUCGGCGAUUGAAUCCUAUGAACGUAAAUUACAAAUCCUACUAAGUGAAAUUGAAGCUAUGGAACAAGGAGAAUUGGAACUUGUCAAGAAACUUGCAGAGCAAUCAAAUGAAAAUGACAAGUUGCAGAGAAAGAUAAAUUACAGAGACGAUAUCAUUCGACAACUUGCUUGUGAUUUGCAAAUUGAAAGACAUGUUGCUCGUCACAAAUAAAAUAGUUUCUCAGGCACCUUUUUUCUUUUCCCUUUGUUUCUUUUACUCAAAUGAUGAUGACAAAGCUAAUAACGUGUGAGUCAGUCAACCAAAUAAAUUUAAGCUGAAAUAUUUAUUUUACUU